AGAAAAAAAAGGGGGAAAAAUCACUAUCCACUUUCUUUCCUCCUCAGUCUACCCCUACACCCCCCGAUCUCCCAGCCAUUUCUUCUUUCUUUUUAUUCUUGAUUUCCUCAAAAUUGGGUAAAAAGCAAUCCACUCGUGCUAACGUUGGAGUGGAUUAUUAACAGCUUUGCAGAUCGAACAAAGAGGUUUUUUCAGCAUCCAAAUGUCCGAGAAUUCGAGGUCUCGAGUCACAAUAACCCUCGGCCGCAGUGGUCAGGUAGUGAAAAGGGCAGGGGAUGCAUUAAGUAAUUCUUUUAUUGAUUCAGAGGGAACAGUUGGAGGCAAACGAUCAGUUAGAGAUAGGUUAGGAAGUGAUUCUGAUUCAUCUGGUCAAUUUAACAUUAAGCGACAGCGGAGAGAUGGUAGUGCUGCCAAUGAUAUUGAUGAUAUUCGUCUAAGUAAAGGUGAUCUCCGGUUCAAAAUCCUGCAAAAAAGUAAACUGAAGCAACGUCAAAAUGCCCUGCAGAAUGGAACGGACCUUCGAAACAUUCUGUCAAGGCCUGGUCAAUCUUCAUCGAAUAGCCUAGGUAUGCGGGCAAGGGUGCCUGAGCCAAAGGAGAUGAGGCUGCAGCAUACAGAUCCUAGGGAUGGUAGACAACAUUUUCCAGAGACACGUGAUGGUAGGCAGCUAAUGACUAUGACCAGGGAUUCUAGACAGGGCACCCCUGACUACAGAGAACAGAACAUACCUGGCCUUAGGGAGCAACGCAUGCCUGACCCCAGGCAAAAGCGCAUGCCUGAAUUCAGGGAAGCUAGACGAAGCUUUCCUGAACUAAAGGAUGUUAGUCGUAGCAUGCCCGAGCCAAGUCAUUCUACUAUAAUGGGGCCCAUGCCAGGCUCAAGAACUGCAAAUGCUGCGACCAAGGUGGAUUCGGUGAUUAAUUCUUAUUCUCCCUGGACUGUAGAUCGUUUAAGACGGAGAUCACCAGAUGAAACUUUGGCUAGUUCUAGUGGUCUGUCAUCAACCAGGAGAGAUGGUGGAUUACUGAGAAAGCUUCCAAUUAGGGCAUACGACGACACCAGAACGAGCACGUACAUGAGCAAAGAUUCUUUUGACUUUUCAAGGCCAACUAGCUCUUCAUCUUACCUGACUAACCUGGUUCCACCUGCUGCACAGACGAAGACCAGGGCACCAGUAACUGCCCCACUUCUUCCAGGCAGUCUUUUACAGAAAAGCUCAUAUGCGAGAUUACUAACAGCUGUAAUAUUGUUUUGCAGACAGCGGAGAGAUGGUAGUGCUGCCAAUGAUAUUGAUGAUAUUCGUCUAAGUAAAGGUGAUCUCCGGUUCAAAAUCCUGCAAAAAAGUAAACUGAAGCAACGUCAAAAUGCCCUGCAGAAUGGAACGGACCUUCGAAACAUUCUGUCAAGGCCUGGUCAAUCUUCAUCGAAUAGCCUAGGUAUGCGGGCAAGGGUGCCUGAGCCAAAGGAGAUGAGGCUGCAGCAUACAGAUCCUAGGGAUGGUAGACAACAUUUUCCAGAGACACGUGAUGGUAGGCAGCUAAUGACUAUGACCAGGGAUUCUAGACAGGGCACCCCUGACUACAGAGAACAGAACAUACCUGGCCUUAGGGAGCAACGCAUGCCUGACCCCAGGCAAAAGCGCAUGCCUGAAUUCAGGGAAGCUAGACGAAGCUUUCCUGAACUAAAGGAUGUUAGUCGUAGCAUGCCCGAGCCAAGUCAUUCUACUAUAAUGGGGCCCAUGCCAGGCUCAAGAACUGCAAAUGCUGCGACCAAGGUGGAUUCGGUGAUUAAUUCUUAUUCUCCCUGGACUGUAGAUCGUUUAAGACGGAGAUCACCAGAUGAAACUUUGGCUAGUUCUAGUGGUCUGUCAUCAACCAGGAGAGAUGGUGGAUUACUGAGAAAGCUUCCAAUUAGGGCAUACGACGACACCAGAACGAGCACGUACAUGAGCAAAGAUUCUUUUGACUUUUCAAGGCCAACUAGCUCUUCAUCUUACCUGACUAACCUGGUUCCACCUGCUGCACAGACGAAGACCAGGGCACCAGUAACUGCCCCACUUCUUCCAGGCAGUCUUUUACAGAAAAGCUCAUAUGCGGUUGAUGAUCAACUUACGGUUGACAGCUUUUUGCAGUCACUUGGCCUCGAAAAAUAUGCCAUUCACUUUAAGGCUGAGGAAGUGGACAUGUAUGCUUUGAGGCAGAUGGGUGACAUUGACCUUAAAGACUUGGGAAUACCUAUGGGGCCAAGGAAAAAGAUCCUGCUCUCCCUGCUACCUCUUUCCAAACGACAAGCACGAUAAACGGGCUGGAUUUUUAUUAUCGUGUUAACGCGAAUGAAGGAAUUCUACUUUUGCUACCACAUGCUUUUAGAUGGAAGAUUUUUAAUGAGUCAUUAGUUGCACCUUUCAGUUGUUGAAAAUCAAAGUUGUGGCUGAGGUUUUUCUUAUAUGAGAACAUAUUUUGUCUGAACAUGAGAAAAAUUCUGAUUCAUUUUAUAUUCUCCUCAUUUUGGACUCCAUA